GCCGUCAGCCAAAGUCGGUGUUGUCUUCUUGUUCGAGGUUUUUGUGAGUUAAUAAUUUCCCAUCGGAGGAAUCGUGUCGCGAAAAUCCGGACCACAAUCCGUGUGUGCGGUUCCGAAAUCGACGACUCGUGGCGCGGACUGUCUGGUGGAAGGCGUCGCGUCGAUUGCGACUGUGAAAAGUGGGUUUUGUUGGCGUUUUUCGCGAGGAAAUCGCCGAUUGUGGUUCCUGGGUUCUGUUUCGGUUUGUGGGUUUGGUGGGAGAAGUAGGAGGAGCAGCUCCCCGCGGACACUGUGUUGACCGGCGAGCGGGUCGUCCAUUGACGAGAGCGCGGACAUCCCGGCGGAACGACGACGACGACGAAGCCCAGCGAGAGAAGCGAUUCUCGGCAGUAGCUUCUUCCACCCCAAGAUGGAUGCUUUGCCGGAAACAGCCCAAAUUAGCAAACCUUUACAACAGACGGCCAUCGACCGCAGCUAGCUGCUGCGUUUGUGGGUGCGUGCGUGUGCUUGUGUGUCUGCUGUUGUCGCGUGGCCAAUCCGGGAACCGGAAAUCCGCUCCACCGGUGAUUUCACAAGAGGAAACCGCGAGGACGAGCGAAGUGCAAGAAGCGUUUAUCAGUUAUUGUUUCCUGGAGUCUACGAAAUCAAUUGUGAGAAGAAAGUAAACGUGCGCGUGUGUGUUUUUUUUGUUUCGUGUGCCCAUUCUCGAAAUACCCGUACCAAAACGGGAUAGAAUUCCGGUGGAUUAAUUCCCAUUGGUGAACCCAAAAUCACCAACUAAACAGAACAAGCUAGAAAACUAGACCACCUUCAUCCACUGUUACCGACGAGUUCCGGAAACGGCAAUUCUGCAAAAAAAAAAAUCAAGAAACAAACUUUUAAUCUUACAAGUAAGGGAAUAUUAGAUUGAAAAAAGAUGGUGAAGGAGAAACCUAACUCAACUCGAAUCUAUGAUAAGGACGGAUACCGGCGGCGAGCGGCCUGCAUCUGCGUGCGGUCGGAGGCCGAAGAAGAGGUACUCCUGGUAACAUCGUCCCGCCGGCCCGAGCUCUGGAUCGUCCCGGGCGGGGGCGUCGAGCCGGACGAAGAAUCUUCCCUCACAGCAACGCGCGAGGUCCUGGAGGAGGCAGGCGUCACCGGGGAACUGGGUCGAUGUCUAGGAAUCUUCGAAAAUACUGAACACAUGCACCGGACCGAGGUGUUCGUCAUGGUCGUCACCCAGGAGCUGGAGGAGUGGGAGGACUCGAAGACGAUCGGCCGCAAGCGGCAGUGGUUCUCGAUCGAGGAAGCCCUCGCGCAGCUGGCCCUUCACAAGCCGACCCAGCGCCACUAUCUGCAGCAGCUGCGCCACUCCAAGAACAACUCGACGUCGACGGCCAACUGCAUACACAUAGUGACGGACGAUCCGGACGACGAGCCGGAUUUGGCGGAGGCUGCUGUGGAAUCCAACGAGGACCCUGGUGAGGAGGCAACCGGUGAAGAGGAACCGACGUCGGAGGCAGCGUCCUAAGUAGCGAGGAGAGGUGGUUCUGGAUCUGGGUUUGGGUAAGCGCAUUCUUUCGGAUGGAAAGAACAUCGUUAGUUGCACAUACACACACGCGCGGGAAAGCCCACACACAAUAUUUCCCACUUAAUAUUGCCUUCAUUUCCGCCCUCUUAUACAAAAGAAAAAAGAAAAGAAAACCCGGACACCGAAUAAUCGAACUCAGCGUAUUGUCGAAGCCUGUUCUCUUCUGCAUGAUUUGUUUGUUUCUUUAAGACCACGUUUUGCUCACACUUCCGGGUCUGAAAAUACUCCACAGACAGAUUGUCCGUUUGUCACCGACACACACACUUCAGAUUGAGAGAGAAAAACUAUUUUAGCUUUUACAAUUACUCAACGGGAAGAAAGUUAAUAUCAAAGUUUUUUGCAAUUGUUUUGUUGUACCAAUAUUUUUUGUACCACCAUUUCUCUAUACAAAGCAACACUCAUACACACUCACACCCUGAAAGCAGCAGACUAACGAUCAAGUUAAAAACAACUGAGACAGAGAUCGCGACGCGCGCGCGCAUGAGCAGUGGUUGAACAUUUUAAAUAAUAAUCACGUUUAUACAAACAAACAUAUUAACAAGAAGAUGAAGAAAAAAAAUGCUAAAAAUAAUAAAAAAAACUAUUGAUAACUGAUGAAAGAAAAUCUACCUAACACUAAAAAACAAAACGAAAGUAAAUGCAAAAACAAGCAAAACACAUACACACGAUGAUAAAAAAGUAACCUUCUAACUAUUAAGAGAGACAACAGUUAGCCAGAAAAGAAAAGUGUAACAGCUUAUCAAAACUGAUAUAUAAUUUACCGGGUUUGAGAGCACGCAAGCCCCCCGCGCAGAAACUAACCAUGAUUGUUUCGAUCUUGUUUAUUAUUUGAACGCUUUUUUUUCGCAAA